AUGUUCAUUACCAAUCUAUCUAUCUAUCUAUCUAUCUAUCUUAGUCUGUUCAUUACCUAUCUAUCUAUCUAUCUAUCUCUUUCUUCUUCUUCGUCGUCCUCCUCCUCCCCUCUGCCUCCUCCUCUUUCUCUUUCUUCCUCCUCCUCCUCCUUCUUCCUUCUCCUCUUCCCCUCUGCCCCCUCCUCCACUCUACCUCCUUCUCUUUCUCCUUCUUCCUCCUCCUCCUCCUUCUUCUUCCUUCUCCUCUUCCCCUCUGCCCCCUCAUCCACUCUGCCUUCUCCUCUUUCUCCUUCUUCCUCCUCCUCCUCCUCCUUCUUCUUCCUCCUCCUCCCCUCUGCCUCCUCCCCUUUCUCCUUCUUCUUCCUCCUCUUCAUCCUUCUUCUUCUUACUCCCCUUCUUCUUCUUCUUUGUACGAUGUCCAUUCAGGACGCUGGCGAUCAUGGCUCUCCAUGA